UGAUUAUUGAUUGUCUUGUUGUUGACUUUUCAGGCUUCAAGCUGCCGUUUUCGUUGGGCAUGUUGAUACUACCUUGUAGUCAAGACGCUAUUCAAAUACUGUCAUUCGGUAACCCACUUGAGAUUCUCGGAUUCCGACAGGAUAGACUAGUUGUAGAGCCGCGAGAAGGACAAGUGUUAGUUAAGAUGCACUUGGCUGCAUUGAAUCCUUCGGAUGUGUUCACCGGGAAGGGACAAUAUCCCUGUGAUAGGGCAUUUUUAGAGAGAGAAACUGGCAUUGUUUCUUGUUUGGAGCAUUGUGGGACUGUCGUUCAGACUGGUCCUGCUGUUUCUCUGUCCAUAGGGACGAGAGUGGCAUUUGCUUAUUCAGUUGACGAAAGUUUUUCAACUCAAAACUAUCAACAUAGUUUGCACGAGCAGCCAGAAAAACACGCUUUUACAGUUGGUGCCAAUGCUGUAAUUUCUUUAGAAGAAGAAAAGGAUGUUAUAAAGAAAGUCCGAGAAACAACUGAUAGUCUUGGUAUUGCCGCUGUAUUGGAUGCAGUAGGUGGAGAUAUUGGAACAUUAGCGCUUCAACUCCUUGGAAGGAAUGGUCUCUUUAUUGCAUACGUUAGAAUGAGUGGAGAGCCCACUAGAGUAGUGAACCGACAGCUUAUGUAUCAGGGAAUCGUUAUUCGCGGUUUUUGGCUUACUUCUUUCCUUCAAGAGAACUCAAAAACUGAGCUGGUGGAUUCGGUAAUUGAUUUGUGGAGUCAGAAGUGCCUUACUCCUUCAAUGGAGGCGACGUACACGUUGGAAAAUUACAAGAAGGCGUAAAGAGACCAGUUUGCUCCGAACAGAAAAGUAAAAAUUCUGUUUCGUCU